AUGGCGGCCGCUAGCGAAAGCGAAGUUGAAGAGGACGUGUUCUUGGGAUUUGACGAAGAAGAAAGAGAAACUGUUGCUGCUUGGAGACAAGAAAGAUUUGAAGCUAGAAAUCAGAGUGACUCGGAGUCAGAUAUUUCAGUCUCUUCUGUUUCUACCGAAGACCUUUCAGACUUUGAAGAGGAAGAAGCCGAAGAAGAAACGUGGAACGAAAACUCAAACCCUGUUGAGGUCUCCCCAUUCACUGAGGCUACUGGCCCAACUUCUGGAGUUGCAGAAGAUGGAACUGCAAUCGAUUUCUUCUAUUUGAUGUUUCCAGAAGAACUUAUAGAGCAAAUCGUCGCUGAAACGAACCGCCAUGCACGGGAAUGUAUCGCUACGAAGCCCGACCGUGAAUGGUAUGAGACAACGCUUGAUGAAAUGAAAGCCUUUAUCGGUCUUCACGUGCUGUUUGGCAUCAAAAGGUUGCCUGCAACUCGCCUUUACUGGAGUGAGGAUCCACUCAUUGGCGUCCCUUUCGUUAAAAAAGUGAUGUCGAGAAAUCGCUUUGACAAAUUGUCCAAGUAUUUUCAUUUAAAUAAUAAUGCAAAUCAAGCUCCUCGUGAAGAUCCUGGACAUGACAAAUUGUUCAAAGUUCGCCCUGUUCUUGAUCGCGUCGUUCAAUGUUGUAAAAUGGAACUGAGACCGCAAAAAGAUUUAUCCGUCGACGAAGCGAUGGUAAAGUUUAAGGGACGGCUUGGAAUGAGACAAUAUAUGCCGAUGAAGCCUGUUAAGCGUGGAAUUAAAGUGUGGGUUUGCGCCGAAGCGUCUAGUGGCUUUGUCUGCGACUUCCAAGUUUACACGGGAAAAAGACAAGAUGGCGCCGCCGAACAAAACUUGGGUUAUCGUGUUGUUCACGAUUUAACUCGGAGCUUUACUGGGAAAAAUCAUCAUGUCUUCUAUGACAAUUUUUUCUCAACUGUUAAGCUUGCCGAAGAUCUGUUGGAGGAUCAAAUUUAUUCAUGUGCAACGGCAAGAGCGAACAGGAAAGACUUUCCUAAGGAUCUCGCGGCAAACAAUCCUCGCAUCAAGCGAUUGAAGCAAGGAGAGGCGCUGUUUAGGCGAAAGAACAAUGUCGUUGCAACAACCUGGAAGGACAAAAAGGUUGUUCACUUUAUCAGUACUGAAAGUAAUCCAGUAGGAAACGAGACUGUAAACCGUAAGCAGCGCGAUGGAACUGUUAUUCAAGUGCCGACUGUUCCCGUUGUGAAGAGUUACAACAAGAGCAUGGGAGGCGUAGACCUUCACGAUCAGUUGCGUGGGUAUUACGCUAUCGGAACUAAAUCAAGGAAAUGGUGGCGCUAUCUUUUUUGGUUUUGUGUCGAUCUAAGUAUUGUCAAUGCGUUUAUCUUGGAGAAAAAGGCCGUAAAUCAUCGUUCAAGAACACAACUAACAUUUAGAGUCGAACUUGCGAAGGACCUUAUCGGGGAUUUCACGAGCCGUGGAAGAACAGCAAGUUCUGGGCAGACGGAGGCUGGACAUUGGCCGAUUGCUUUUGAUAAAGGACGAUGCAAACGAUGCCUCAAACGAAAGAGGACAACGUUUUGCAGAAUGGGUUGCCAGCACUGCAACAAGCGGAUUUGCUUGGAAUGCUUCCCGAAUCACAUCGGUGACCUAAGCUAA